AUGAUUCAAUUAAGAGUUUGUGUCGUUAUCUUCACUGUUAUUCUACCAUUCUUAAUUACUGCCGAUAAUCCAUGUCGAUUUGUAUCCAAAGAAAAAGGUACUAUUGAUUUAUCAUCACUAGCGCGUAAAGAUGGGAAAGCUGCUUUUCCAGAUGAAACUCCUUCAAUAGGAUCUAAUUAUAUAUACAGUUAUAACCCGUGUAAACCCUUUUCGGAAGGAGAUACAUGCAAAGAUGUUGCUGUAUGUCAGGUUUCGAAAGAUAAAACCCUUACCUUUGUUCUUGCUAAGCAAGAUAGUGCAAAAUGGGAUGCAGGAGCUGGCCCAGGUACUAAUCCAAUUAUUUCAUAUAAAUUUGAUGACAAAGAAGUAUUCGUUGAACUGCAAUGUACGGACAGUAUGACUGCUGAAUUUUUAGCAUUAGGUGAACAGCCAAUUAAGACCUAUAAAUUUAAGCUAUCACAUAAAUGUGCUUGUUGGAAUGGAUGUAAAUCAUCAAGUGACGGUUUACCAGGAGGAGCAAUUUUUAUCAUAAUUCUAUUAGUUCUAGCUGUUGUUUAUUUUGCUGGAUUUGCAGUAUAUAAUAAAGUCCAUCAUCAUCGUACAGGUGCCGAUAUAAUUCCUCAUCGUACAUUUUGGGUUUCUUUACCAACAUAUGCUAAAGGUGGUGUCACAUAUAUAAUUAGUCGAGCAACUGGAAAACCUGUUGAAAAAUAUGAAAGUAUCUAA